GGUUUGUUCGUUUUGCUGAUUGUGUGUGGUUUGUGCAGGGCGGCGAUAAACGUUGAUUUGUUCAAGGAUUAUUUGAAGUGGAGAAAUGUGAAAAUUGUUACGGUUUUCCACUGUGUCAAUCAGAAUGAUAUCCUUGACUUGUAUCCAAAGAUGGCAACUUUAAGUUCAGAGAAGAUCCAUUUCUCGGAUAUCUCCAACUUCACAGCUGCAAUCUGGAACCACACGCAUGUUAUGCGAUACGACUACCACAAGCUGGGAGCUUCCGUGGAUAUGGGAUGUCCAGAAACUCCGAAGCUUUUCGGAGUAAUGUCCAAGUACGAAUACUUCAAUGCCUCGUACUAUUGGUUGCUGUUUGCAAAUGGGACACUGGACGAGGCGACUUGCUUGUUGAGUGAGCAGAAUUUGAACGUAGAUGCGAAGGUUACACUGGUGGUUGAUCAAGGAGUUCAACAAGAUGUUUUCGAUGUGUACGACGUUUUCAGUCCUUCAAUAAGAAGAGGAGCUACGUUGAAUACUACGCUCAUGGGGACUUGGAGUCACGAAAUUGGAUUUACCAUCGCAGUGAACCAAAGUGAAUACGAACGACGAGUAGAUCUCAGGGGAAUCUCGCUCAAAUCGGCGGUUACGACUUUGGAUCAGUUACAUCACCAUACUCUGCUGCAGUUUUUGGCAAGCAACGAGACCAAGCGCGAAUACUCUUUUCAUAAACUCGGAUACCAUAUGCUGGCGUUUUUAGUCGAAAAACAUAAUUUUUCGGUCGAAUAUAUCAGGAACAGUAAUUGGGGAUUAAAUAGCACGGAUGGGCGCUCCAGUCAUGGUGUAAUCGGACAGGUGGCCACUAAAAAAGUUGACUUCACCGUCAACGUCCUUAUUCACACAGCGGAAAGGGUAGGCCUGGCUGAUUACACCGUCAAUGUUGGAUUACCGAGAUUUCUUUUGUUGUUCCGUCAUCCACGGAUCAAUGAAGGUCACUUCUUUUUUCUACAACCAUUUCGUCUAGAUUUAUGGAUCGCAAUUUUAGUAAUCGGUUUCCUGGCUGUUCUAGUCACGUAUUUUUCCUAUAACGAUUCUCGAUCUGAAAACCGUAGACUAGCAUGGCUCACCGUUUUCGGAUUUCUUUUUCAACAAGGAACAUCAUCGAUAAUAUCGCACAGCUCUACUCGUAUUACGUUGCUCAGCGUUCUCGCGUUCUCCUUCUUGAUCUCUCAGUUUUAUUCCGCUUACAUUGUAGGUUAUCUGCUGAUCGUCCCCCCGAAGACCAUAAGGACACUUAAGAAUCUCCUGGACAGUGAUCUCAAAGUGGUUGUUGAAAAUUUAGGCUAUCAUAAGUAUUAUCUCAAUAAAACCAAAGACCCCAUUGCCGUCGAACUCUACCACAGAAAGAUCCUCAACGGUGAGGACAACUUCUUGAACGUCACCGAAGGCAUUGCACGGGUAAAACGCGGUGGCUACGCAUUCCACUGCGACACGGCCUACGUGUACCCUCUCAUUGUGCAAGCCUUCACGGAUAAGGAAAUAUGCGAUCUGCAGGAAAUGGUGCUUCAUCCGUUACGGACGUUGCACUUUCCGUUGCGAAAGGGCAGCGAGUUCAAGGAAAUGUUCCGCAUCACGCUACGGAAGGCAACCGAGACGGGCAACAUGGCGUACCAGCGGAAAUUUUUCUUUUCCGAUAAACCCAAGUGCUACAAGAACCAGCUGGAAACGGUAUCCGUGGGAUUGGACCGUUUGCUGAUGUUAUUCUACGGGUUGCUUGCUGCGAUGGCGGGAAGUUUUAUCGUUAUGCUGCUGGAGAUGGGAUAUUUCUCGGUUUUUAGAAAUCGGGAGGUUUUGAAAAGGAAUCGUGGUGUAGAAAGGUUUAAGUAGGAUUGAUUUACUGAACAGCUGCUGAACUUUGGUUGUGCAUCACGUGUAAGCUCUAGUUAUUUAGUUGAUAUAAUGGUGAAUAAUAUCAUUGAAUUAAACAUACUAAAGCACAGCAAAGCAUGGAUUCGAACGAUAUGCGGUGGUUUUACGCAAUCGUCAAUGACGUGACAAAAUAAGACCGUGUGCAGUACUGCAGGUAAGCUGUCAUCCUAAUGGGAGUGUACGACAUAAGUUUAUCAGCAACAGCAUCAACCAGGUAGCACGUAAAUGGAAUUUUCAUUCAACUAUUUCAAGGGACCGAUCUAAAAUCAAAAAAAUGUCACCUCUGUCAUUCACUUUACGAUUUUACGGGUUUCACUUACAACGUUAUAAUACAACCUUCACUAUGUGUUUCAAAAUACACCAAACAGUAAUAUGGUCAAAAGACCCAUACACACAAUACAACUUAAAACGUGAAUAUAAUUCUGUAGCAAUCACAAAAUAAAUCAUAGAACAAAUAUCUUAAAUUUUCUUCACGAAUCUCGAAGAAACAACAUAGUAAAUGAAAUGAAAAAUUAACCAAACAUCUGGAGAAACUCCUGAUGAAAUUACUGGAGAAAAUCUUGAAAAACAUUUCGUUGUACAGUUUGUUAACAUAUGAACAAAAAAUAAACAUAAAUAAAUCUCUCAUUAAAUAAUAGUGUUUAUACCGGGAAUACCUAUGAUUCAAACGUUUUUUUAUGAAUCUGAGUCUACCUCACUAACGAUUGUCAUAAAU